AGCGCGUGCAUGUGUCUGACACCGUGCCUGAGUUCCGGUGUCAUGGCCGCGAGGUUACCGGGAUGCGUUCACGGACUGCGGCUCGGCUCGAGAUCUCUACCGGUUCUGACCCGGGGCGGUCUGGUUCGGCACCACAGACUCGGUCCUGCAGAUGAUGAGAUGUACCAGAGGACCACAGUAUCGGUGAUGCAGAAAGAAGAGCAGACUGGAGGAGCCGUCAUCUACAGCUACAGCCCACGAGGAUUCAACAUCAACGGCAACAAAGUGUUCGGACCCUGUGCCAUCCUGCCACCCGCCAUCCUGCAGUGGAACGUAGGUUGUCACACAGACAUCACAGAGGAGAGUUUGUCUCUCUUCUAUCUGAUCGAGCCGCCAAUCGAGAUUCUGGUUUUGGGCACAGGAGCUCGAACUGAACGUCUGGAUCCAAAUGUACUGAAUUUCCUCAGAAAGAAAGGCAUCUCUGUGGAGGUUCAGGACACACCGAACGCAUGCGCCACAUUCAACUUCCUGUCGAGUGAGAGACGCAUAACAGCAGCCGGUUUGAUCCCUCCUCCUGCACAGACGGAAUAACUUCUAUUUAUUACUUCAUUAUGUGUUAUUAUUUAUAUUUGUCAUGUUGUUAGAAUGAUGAAUUCAGUGUGUAGUGAGAGAUUAAAGGUAUUAACACACA